AUGCUCGGUGGUACAUGCAGCCAGAGGCUCACAUUCCACGACCUGGAGCGGAGUUGCAACGCUCAGUGCAACUGCUCGGGUGUCGUGUACGAUCCUGUGUGCGGAACGGACAACUUCACUUACUACUCGCCCUGUAUCGCCGGCUGUGCGGACGUGAGGCGUUUUAAGAAAACCAAGUGUACCUGCGUGAACGGACCAACGCUGCACAUGCCCGCGGAGGGUAACAACGGCACCGGAUACGACUACAUGGCCCAGCGAGACCCGUGCGAUGCCGACUGCGGCCUCGUCUUCAUCUACGCGGCCGCCAUAUUCGUCGCCCUCUUCUUCACCUUCCUUCUCGUCGUGCCCGCUCUGACUGCCCUGCUGCGCUCCCUCGACGAAGACAUCAAGGCCACAGGCAUUGGCGUCAACUACGUCCUCAUAAGGCUACUAGGUACCAUUCCGGGCCCGAUAGUGUUCGGCUACUUGAUCGACCGCAGCUGCAUUUUGUGGCAGUCCACCUGCAGUGGCAAGAGGGGUGCCUGCGCCAUUUACGAAAACAGCGCGAUGGGCAUCAACCUGUUCCGCGUAAUGAUCGUCGUCAAGUCGGCCUCCAUUAUGUUCUUCUUCUGCGCAUCGCUCAGCACUCAAUCUGAGGACUUCGCGAUGCCUGGAGGGACAGAAACGGGAGGCGAGCAAGGUGGCGACAAGGAGCGAAGUGGCUCUCAGGACGACCACGCCAAAGGUGACCCCGCCAAGGAUGACCGCGGUUAUGACGGCGACGGCGGUAACGGUGACGGCGGCGGCGGCGAUGAUCGUGACGGCGGCGACGAUUAA